AUGUCCCAGCACCUGCUCCUCCCACUUGUGAUCCUCGCCAUCGGCCCCAUCCCAGGAGGCUUCCAGGACUCAGACUGCGGUCGCUCUGAGCCCUCUGCCCGCAUCAUGGGGGGCUCAGACGCGCAGCCGGGCACCUGGCCGUGGCAGGUGAGCCUGAGUCAGAAGGGGAACCACAUCUGCGGGGGCUCCCUCAUCGCCCCCUCCUGGGUCCUCUCCGCUGCUCACUGUUUCGUGAAGAACGGGACCUUGGAGCCCGCGGCCGAGUGGUCAGUACUGCUGGGCGUCCACUCCCAGGACGGGCCCUUGGACGACGCGCAAGUCCGCGCAGUGGCCGCCAUCCUGGUGCCGCACAACUACAGCAGGGUGGAACUGGGCGCUGACUUGGCCCUACUGCGCCUGGCCUCGCCCGCCAGGCUGGGCCCCGCCGUGCGGCCCGUCUGCCUGCCGCGCUCCUCGCAUCGCUUCGCUCCUGGCACAGCCUGCUGGGCCACCGGCUGGGGGGACGUGCAAGAGGCGGAUCCCCUGCCUCUCCCCUGGGUGCUACAAGAAGUGGAGCUAAGGCUGCUGGGAGAGGCUGCCUGUCAGUGUCUCUACAGCAGGCCUGGCCCCUUCAACCUCACUUUCCAGCUACUGCCAGGGAUGCUGUGUGCUGGCUACCGGGAGGGCCGCAGGGACACCUGCCAGGGAGACUCUGGGGGGCCCCUGGUCUGUGAGGAAGGCAGCCGAUGGUUCCAGGCAGGAAUCACCAGCUUUGGCUUUGGCUGUGGAAGGAGGAACCGCCCUGGAGUCUUCACUGCUGUGGCGUCCUAUGAGGCAUGGAUACGGGAACAGGUGAUGGGCUCAGAGCCUGGACCUGCAUUUCCCACCCAGUCCCGGCAGCCCCAGUCAGGCCCCAGGGAGGCCCCAGAUGAGAACUGCACCAUCGCCCUGCCAGAGUGUGGGAAGGCCACGCGGCCAGGGGCCUGGCCCUGGGAGGCCCAGGUGAUGGUGCCAGGAUCCAGACCCUGCCAUGGGGCGCUCGUGUCUGAAAGCUGGGUCUUGGCACCUGCCAGUUGCUUCCUGGAUUCAGACCGCUCGCCUCGCUAUCUGGACAACUGGCGCGUGCUACUGCCCUCGCGCCCGCGCGCGGAGCAGGUAGCGCGCCUCGUGCCGCACGAGAACGCCUCGUGGGACGACGCCUCGGACCUGGCGCUGCUGCAGCUGCGCGUGCCCGUGAACCUGAGCGUGGCCCCGCGGCCAGUGUGCUUACCGCACCCAGAACACUAUUUCCUGCCCGGGAGCCGCUGCCGCCUGGGUCGCUGGGGCCGCGGGGAGCCCGCGCCUCGCCCCAGCACCCUGCUUGAGGCGGAGCUGCUGGGCGGCUGGUGGUGUCACUGCCUGUAUGGCCGCCAGGGGGCGUCAGUGCCGCCGCCGAGAGACCCGCCCCACGCGCUCUGCCCCGCCUACCAGGAGGAGGAGGAGGAGGCGGGCGGCUGCUGGAAUGACUCGAGUUGGAGCCUUCUGUGCCGGCAGGAGGGGACCUGGUUCCUGGCUGGAAUCAGAAAUUUGUCUAGUGGCUGCCUACGUCCCAGAGCCUUCUUCCCCCUGCAGACUCACGGCCCGUGGAUCAGCCAUGUGACUCGGGGAGCCUACCUAGAGGACCAGCUGGCCUGGGACUGGGGCCCUGAGGGAGAGGAGACUAAGAUACAGAGUUGUCCUCCUGCCACAGAGCAUGGUGCCUGUGGCCUGCGGCCAGAGCCUGCUCCGAUGGGGGUCCUGUGGCCCUGGCUGGCAGAGGUGCAUGUGGCUGGAGAUCAAGUCUGCACUGGAAUCCUUGUGGCCCCAGGCUGGGUCCUGGCAGCCACUCACUGUGUCCUCAGGCGAGGCUCUACAACAGUGCCUCAUAUUGAAGUGUACCUGGGCCGAGCAGGGGCCAGUCCCCUCCCACAGGGCCACCCAGUAUCCCGGUUGGUCAUCAGCAUCCGUCUGCCCCGGCACCUGGGACUUCAGCCCCCCCUCGCCCUCCUGGAGCUGAGUUCACGGGUGAAGCCCUCCCCGUCAGCCUUGCCCAUCUGCCUUCACCCCGGAGGUAUCCCCCUGGGGGCCAGCUGCUGGGUGCUGGGCUGGAAGGACCCCCAGGACCGAGUCCCUGUGGCUGCUGCUGUCUCCAUCUUGACACCACGACUCUGUCACUGCCUCUAUCAGGGCAUUCUGCCCCCUGGGACUCUCUGUGUCCUGUAUGCAGAGGGACAGGAGGACAGGUGUGAGGUGACCUCAGCACCUCCACUCCUGUGCCAGACUGAGGGAGGUUCCUGGGUCCUUGUGGGCUUGGCUGUUCGAGGGAGCAGGGAGCUGUUUGCUGCCGUUGGCCCUGAAGAGGCCUGGAUCUCUCAGACAGUGGAGGAGGCCCAUUUCCUGCCCCCCAGUGGCUCCUUCUAUUGGCCCCCUGAAGGCAGCGAUCUCUGCCCCCCAGACACGGCCAGGGCCUCAGGCACCCCUCGGGCUGCUGUGUUCCUGCUGCUACUGACCUCCCUGAUACAGGGCUAAGGGCCCUGGGUCCCUGGGCUACCUCUCCUUCUCCUCCCCUACACCCCUCCAGCCCUCCACUUUGCGCCCAGUGGGGCUGGAAUGUGACCUAACCGCCUCUGUUCCCUUGCUGGCACCUCCAGAGCACCCCACCCACCUAGAUUGCAGCGGCUUCAGAUCAUUGGGCCUCAGUGCUUGGCUAUUUCGCCCCUGGAAUCCUUGGGGGCAGUGGAGUGGACAAUAAAGGUGUCAACACAGUCAUGUGGCCUUGUGGCAUUGCUGGGGGCAGCCUGAAGGGCUGGGGGAAACCCCAGGGCUAGGGCCGCUCCCUCCUGGGCCUCUGUGAAUCAGGCUUUGGGCUCCCAGGAAAUGUGUCCCUGAUAACGUGGCAGCUGUCACUCAUUCCUGCUCCAGGGCGUU